CUUGAUUUCACCCUCUCUCUCUCUAAAACACAAAUCUCUCCUUUCUCUCUCUAGAAUUGCUCUCUUUCCCCCUCUGUUCCUUUCAAAGUUUCAGUUAUGGAGUUUGAGAGCCGGUACGGGUCGAAGUACGACUGUCUCUUGUUCGAUUUGGACGAUACCCUUUAUCCGCUCAGCGCCGGCAUCGCUAGGGAAUGUGGAAAGAACAUCAAAGAUUAUAUGAUCGAGAAACUGGGGAUACGAGAAGACAAAGUCGUGGAGUUGUCUAAUUUGCUGUACAAGAACUAUGGAACUACCAUGGCCGGUCUUAGGGCGAUCGGGUAUGAUUUAGAUUACGACGACUACCACAGCUUCGUUCAUGGAAGACUUCCCUAUGAGAACAUAAAGCCCGACCCAGUCCUACGCAGUCUCUUACUCGGCCUCCCUCUACGCAAACUCAUAUUUACCAACGCGGAUAGAGCCCACGCGGUUCGAGCUCUGACCAGACUCGGUUUAGAAGAUUGUUUCGAAGGAAUCAUAUGUUUCGAGACCCUCAACUCGUCCCACAAGAACGUGGCAUCCGACGAUGAGGAUGAUAUCGAGUUCAUCGGACGGUCAGAAUCCGCCGAAAACGUCCCGGAGAUUUUCGACAUUGUAGGAUACUUUUCCCGGUCUGAACCGGUUAUUUCACUGCCCAAAACCCCAAUUGUCUGCAAACCAUCUGAAGCUGCUAUCGAAAAGGCUCUCAAGAUCACCAACGUCGAUCCUCAUAGAACGUUGUUCUUUGAGGACAGUGUCCGAAACAUACAAGCUGGAAAACGCGUUGGUCUUAAAACGGUUCUGGUUGGUACUUCGCAGAGGGUCAAAGGGGCAGAUUAUGCAUUGGAGAGCAUACACAACAUGAAAGAAGCGUUGCCGGAGCUUUGGGAUUCCGACAUGAAGUCGCCGGAGAUUGGAUAUUCCGGCAAGGUCGCCGUCGAGGCAUCCGUUAGUGCUUAGGAUUCCUACCGAGUCGUUUUCGUAACGUAAAUUUCUUAUCGUAUAGAAUCAUAUCGUAUAGAAGAGUGGGGUAUGGUCCAAUGUUACAAAUUUAUAGAAAUGACAAGUCUACAGCAUGACAUGUCGUGCCAAAAAGGAAUAUUACAUGACAACAUGUGAUGUUGGUUCUAUUUUUUUUUUUUUUUUGUAAAUUUGCUUGAAAUUUCUAUUACGAUUUUACAUUAAAUAUAUAUUAAUGUAAAUAUCAAUUACUGAAUUAUAUGGACAAAAAUUGUGGGAGCA